AUGCCAUUUAGCAACUACUCCACCACACCACACCACACCACACCACACCACACAACAACACUACACUACACAACUACACAACUACACAACUACACAACUACACAACUACACAACUACACAACUACACAGCAACACAGGCCUAGGUUGGGUGGCUGGGACGGGCCUGGGUUAUCAGACAGGGGGGGGUGGGGGGUGCCUAGGUUGGGUGGCUGGGACGGGCCUGGGUUAUCAGACAGCGGGGGGUGGGGAGGAUGCCUAGGUUGGGUGGUUGGGACGGGCCUGGGUUAUCAGACAGCGGGGGGUGGGGAGGAUCUACACCCAUCAUAUAACAUAGCUAUAACAACACAGCAACACAGGCCUAGGUUGGGUGGUUGGGACGGGCCUGGGUUAUCAGACAGCGGGGGGUGGGGAGGAUCUACACACAUCAUGCCCAGGCCUAGGUUGGGUGGAUGGGAUGGGCCUGGGUCAUCAUAUCUCAGACUAACCUGUAGAAUACGCCCAUCGUAG